AUGCACCUGGCCGAGAUGCGCAGCUUGCCCCAGGCGCUGGCGAUGCUAUUCCGGGUCCUCCAGGCGCAGCUGAGCGCCUUGUGGCUCUGCCUAGCGCCCUUCUCCUGCCGGCUCCGGGGGGCGCUGCUGCCGGGGAGGAGCCCCCCGCUGCUGGAGGAGGGCGCUGGGGAGCCGGAUGGCGCCGAGGUGCCCACGGUCCCCACCAGCGUCAACUAUCACUUCACCCGCCAGUGCAACUACCGCUGCGGCUUCUGCUUCCACACGGCCAAGACCUCCUUCGUGCUGCCCCUCGAGGAGGCCAGGAGGGGGUUGGCCAUGCUCAAGGAGGCGGGUAUGGAAAAAAUAAACUUUUCAGGAGGAGAGCCAUUUCUGCAAGAGAGAGGAGAAUUUGUGGGCAAAUUGGUCCAGUUUUGCAAGCAGGAACUAAAACUGCCAAGUGUCAGCAUUGUGAGCAAUGGCAGCAUGAUUAGAGAACGAUGGUUCAAGCGCUACGGUGAAUAUCUAGACAUUCUUGCAGUUUCCUGUGAUAGUUUUGAUGAGGAAGUCAAUGUUUUAAUUGGCCGUGGACAAGGAAACAAGAACCACAUUGAGAAUCUCCAAAGACUGAGAAAGUGGUGCCGAGAUUAUGCUGUGGCUUUUAAGUUAAAUUCAGUAAUUAAUAGAUUUAAUGUUGACGAAGAUAUGAACGAACAGAUUGAGGCACUAAAUCCUGUCCGAUGGAAGGUAUUCCAAUGCCUGCUCAUUGAAGGAGAGAAUACAGGUGAAGAUGCACUGAGAGAAGCAGAGAAAUUUAUUAUCAGCGAUGAAGAUUUUGAACGAUUCCUAGAUCGCCAUAGAGAGAUCUCAUGUUUAGUACCAGAAUCUAAUCAGAAGAUGAGAGACUCAUACCUCAUUCUGGAUGAAUAUAUGCGUUUUCUGAACUGUAGAAAUGGACGGAAAGAGCCUUCCAAAUCUAUCCUGGAUGUAGGCGUAGAACAUGCUAUAAAAUUCAGUGGAUUUGAUGAGAAGAUGUUUCUGAAUCGAGGAGGAAAAUAUGUGUGGAGUAAAGCAGAUAUGAAGCUAGAAUGGUGA